CCCACACGCAUCCAUAGCUUCCGUUUGGCAGUGGUGUGGAACAGUGCAUGGAUGGGCUCCUAUUGGCAUACACCAUACAUACACACACAACACACAGUCUGCCCCCAGCCCUUUCCAUCCCUGCAAGAGACCUUCUUUUCUUUUUUAGAUCCGUGCCUUGCUGAUACCCCAUCCUGGUACCCGGUGAUUGGAGUCCCUGUUCUCGGAUAGGUUUCCUCAUUUGGGUUCGUUCACAGUGUCACACCGGCCAUCUGCUCCCAAGAGGCUGCCGCUUUUAGCUGCUUCUCCGACUCUUGAGUGAUCCCCAAGGUACGUAGGCGCCCGCUUUGGGAGAAGUAGAAAUUCAAGGAAGCUUUUGGUUCUUGCUUGCAGCAAGAAAUUCAACCUCUCUGUGUUCUUCCAUGCUCCUUGGGAGAGGGAGCAGAGUACAGGGGAUGGGGGAGUGCAGCAGCAGCAGCAGCGUAGGCGAGUACAGGUGCUGGGAGGAGCUGCUGCCGGACGCGCUGGGGCUGGUGUUCCGGAAGCUACCGCUCCGGGAGGUGCUCACGGUGGUUCCCAGGGUUUGCAAGUCCUGGGGACGGGUCGUGUCCGGCCCCUACUGCUGGCAGGAGAUCGAGCUCGAGGAGUGGAGCCAGCAGCAGCAGAGCAGGCCGGAGCAGCUCGCCCGCUUGGUCGAGACGCUCGUCCGCCGCAGCUCCGGCUCCUGCCGCCGCCUCAGCGUCUCCUCCGGCCUCCCCUGCGACCCGCUCUUCUCCUUCAUCGGCGACCACGCGAGAGCUCUGAGGACGCUGGAGAUCCCGCGGAGCGAGAUCAGCGACGCGAUCGUGGAAGCCGUGGCGCCGAGGCUGCCAAACCUGACAUUCCUGGACAUCAGCAGCUGCACCAAGCUUGGAGCGCGCGCCCUGGAGGCCUUCGGCGAGCACUGCCGCUCUCUCGCCGGGCUCCGGCGCGUGAUGCACCCGACCGACGUCGCCGGCAAGGCCUGCCAGCGGGACGAGGCCCGCGCCAUCGCGCGCGGCAUGCCGGCGCUCCGGCACCUGGAGAUGGGCUACAUGCUGGUCACCACGGACGCCGUGCUCGAGGUGCUCGCCCGGUGCCGGAAGCUCGAGUUCCUGGACCUCCGCGGCUGCUGGGCCGUCGACGAUGGGCUGAUCCUGCAGCAGGGCCGGCGCCGCCAACCGGAGCUCAAGGUUCUGGGCCCCCGCGUCGAUGACUGCUUCGAGAAUGGCUACCUGGAGGAGUGCUCUGACGAUGAUGAAGACGAUGAAGAUGUCUGGGAGCUCAUGGAAGACGACGAUGAUUAUUACUACUACGCCGUCGUUGGCAGCGAUGACGACGAGGAGAUAAUAUGGGAUCAAGGCCAGGGGCUCGAGAACCUCGAGGUCAGGUUCUAUGGCGGCGGGUUCAGCGAGAGCUAUGCUGGAUUCGACUGGCCGCCGUCUCCAUGACUGACAGACCAUGUUGCAUCUUCUUCUUCUUCUUCUUCUUCGUGAUGCUCCUGUCCAAGGUUUUCAGUCCUGCAGAUGCCUGUGCAUGAGUGUGUGCGUGCGCUAGUACUACUGAUCAGGAUGUAAACUGCUACAGUGUUUGCAUCAAGCAAUUCCAUCAAAAUGGUGAAAAUUCACCAUGUAUCAUUAGCGUGUGUAUGUGUGAUUCUAAUCUGCAUUGCAGUCACAGUAACAGUAUGUGAUCUUUGUAUUUCUUGGUUGGACUUCUGUACUGCCUUUUGUUUAUGUGACACGGUACAAAGAUGUA